ACCUCCUCUCUCCCCAUCGCUCUCCUCUCAACUCUCCUCUAGCCACCCCUCCCCCUCUCCUUCGCACACCUCUGUGGAGGUCCCCUCUAUCAACUCUCCUCAUUCCACUCGUUCAUUGUGGAUUGAGCUGUAUCGUGGAGAUUUGAGUUGAAUGAAGUGAGGAUGAAAGGAGAAAUGGUUCGACGGAUCUUCAAGAUCGCCCUUUCGCUCCUAUUCUUGGAUGGUGUUACCAGUGCUACAUAUUCAAAUUCCCCAGGUCUUUCAGUGGUCUCGAGUAGUAACACGUAUAGCCAGCCUUCACAAUAUAGUUCAGGUUCAAAUGUACUACUGCCUUCGGCCAGUGCUGGAAGUUAUCCUUUGGCCGUCUCACAACCUCCACAACCUAUGGUUUCAUCGUUGCAAUUGCCAGGGCUGGCAGGUUGGAGUACGCUUACGCUCAAAAAUCAGAAAUCGUCUGUUCAGUUGGUGGCUGGACGAGGCUCAGGUGUAAGUGGUUCGGAUACUAAUGAUGAAAUUUGGUACUUUGUGUCUCCUACAGACAGUUUUUCUGGAGAUUUAUCAGCAGCUUACAACGGAAAGCUGUCCUUUACGCUCAUUCAUGCGCAAACUCCAUUGACAGCAACUCCACUACAAGCUCCGGAUGUCAUAAUCGAAGCCUCCUGUGGGUUUUCGCUCAUGAUGUUUCAAGCAACGCAACAGGGAGGGUCCAUAACAUUGAUUCUCAACGAAGGCUCAGGAUGGAUUGACAGCAGAACCAAGAAAAAGCCUAGUACAAAUAAAACAAUUUGUCUUGUUG